CGCAUCCGUGAAACGGCGUUCAGCGGAGAGAGAGAGAGAGAGAGCGCAUUUAUUCCGCAUACGACAGAGAGCAGACAGACAGAGCGGCUAGCUAUGCGACAGCAGCAACGACAGACUAACGACAAGAUGUUGAGUUUCGCUGUGCUGUGUGUGUGUGCCAUCGCCGGUGAAGUGUCCGCGCGCUCUACCAGUUGGAAUUUCCUGGAUGACAAGUCGUUAACAGCACGAUGGGACAAAUUUCGGGAUGAAGUGGAGGAGCCAGGUACAUGGAAUCCUGGGAAAGCAUUUGAUCAAGGUCUGAACCCAGAUAACCCCUGUCUGAAGGUCAAGUGUAGCCGUCACAAAGUGUGUGUUGCAGACGACGACCAGACUGCUGCUUGUGUUAGCCAGCGGAGGGUCAGUGUGAAGGAACCGGGUCUGUCUCUGAGUCCAGGGUCCAAAUGCAGACGCUGUCCAGUGGUCCAUCCCUCUCCUGUGUGUGGUACUGACGGACACAGCUACUCAACCAAGUGUAAGUUGGAGUAUCAGGCAUGUAUCUCAGGGAAGCAGAUCUCAGUCCAGUGUUCUGGCCAGUGUCCCUGUCCUGCUGUCCUUCCUGAAUACAGCACAGCAGGACAGACAGAGUGCAGUGAGUCAGACAUAAAGGAGGUUGUGGGUCGGUUAAGGGACUGGUUCAGAGUUCUACUUGAGAAUGGAAACAACAAGAAACUGAAGACACACAUACCUCAGAAAAACAAGUUCAGCUCGGGGGCGGGGCCUAUCUGUAAGGAUCCUCUUGGUUGGAUGUUCUCCCGCCUCGACACAAACUUUGACCUCCAGCUGGACCAAUCAGAGCUCAGCAGGCUGGGGCUGGACAGGAAGGAAGGCUGCUCCGAUGCACUCUUCACUUCCUGUGACACACCCACCGACACACACCCCGACACACACCCCGACACACACCCUGACACACUCCUCCUCUCCAGCGCAGAGUGGUGCACCUGCUUCCAGAGAUACACAGACUCCCCCUGUUGGUCUGAACUGACCAGUAUUAACAAGAAACAGGCUGCGGAGAAGCUACCGGGUCAGUACCUGCCAGUGUGUGACGCAGAGGGCUACUACCGGUCCCACCAGUGCCACGGCAGCAGCGGACAGUGCUGGUGUGUCGAUCGCUAUGGCAACGAGGUCGCAGGGUCACGGACCCACGGAGCAGCAGACUGUGGGGUGGUGUUGGAAUCAUCUGGAGACCAGGGCAGCGGAGACUCUCUCUUCUCUGACGACGACUAUGAUGAUGAUGAAGAUGAUGCCUUCGUCCUGAGCGACCAGAUCAAUGACGAAGAUGACGAAGACGAGGACGACUAUGACGGAGAGGAAAGAUAUCUAUCGUAACUCCGUCGCUCUGCACUUUUCCAGGGGACUUCAGCAGCAAGAAUAGUUGCUAGUCGACCUCGUCACCGCUAACAGACUAAAGACAUUUCUCUCUCUCUCUCUUCUGUGUCUCAAAUGUCCCCCUAUACCCUAGUCAGUUCCCCAGGGCCUAUUGGGUGCUGGGGGAAGGCAGUUCACUACAUAGUGUACAGGGCACCAUUUGGGAUGGCCCACUCUGUGUUUGUUGUCUGUUCCUAACUUAAAGGUGGACUCUGCAAUUUGACACCAUCGUACAAAGUGUGUGGGGGGGGGGGGGGACUUCCUGUAAAUAACA